ACUGUAUCGGCAGGGGAUCCGAGUUUCGUAGCUCAUGUCAUCCGAGUGCACAGUAUUUCACUUACUUUUCAUUCUUUGUAACUCUCCGAACUUGAGGCAUCCCGCUGACGCUGUCCAUGACAUUGGAGUCUACAAUGUUACCACACGGAAUAGCCUACCACCCGUUCUUGUUACCUUCCUUCUCUGCAGCCGCCGAGGCUCGUGGCCCGCUCGGGUUCGGCGCGAAUCCUUUUCUGGCUCCGCAGCAUUACCUCUCCUUGCAUUCCCCAACUCCCUUGCCAAAGUUUCCACUGUGUCCUCCUCACUUGCGGCCAUCGCCACGACAUUUGGAACCUGACGACGACGGCGUUCAAGACGAUCCAAAAGUUACUUUGGAGUCCAAAGAAUUAUGGGAAAGGUUUCAUACAUUUGGAACCGAGAUGGUUGUAACAAAAACUGGCAGGCGAAUGUUUCCUCCCUUCAAAGUGAGGAUCUCGGGACUGGACAAGAAGGCCAAGUAUAUUAUGUUAAUGGACAUCGUUGCCGCUGACGAUUGUAGAUACAAAUUUCAUAAUCGACGCUGGGUAGUGGCCGGAAAAGCUGACCCCGAGAUGCCCAAGGGGAUGUAUAUCCAUCCAGACUCUCCCAGUACUGGAGAACAGUGGAUGCAGAAGGUGGUGUCCUUCCACAAGCUGAAGCUGACCAACAACAUCUCGGACAAGCAUGGAUAUACUAUCCUGAACUCGAUGCACAAGUACCAGCCGAGGUUUCAUCUUGUCCGGGCUAACGACAUCCUUAAGCUACCGUACAGUACGUUCCGUACGUACGUCUUCAAGGAGACCGAAUUUAUCGCAGUCACAGCUUAUCAAAAUGAAAAGAUCACCCAACUGAAGAUCGAGAAUAACCCUUUUGCCAAAGGUUUCCGAGACACUGGAAGCGGAAGACGAGAUAAGAAACGUCUUUCACAUCCAAUGAUGGAAGCCCGGCUCCCAGCUACAGCUGAAGAUCCCAAACCAGAAAGUGAAGACAUUAUGGAGGGUUGUAGCAGUGAAGAGGAGACGGUGGACGUCGGGGGCAGUGGAGAGGAAGUACUGGACGCUCCGAUAAUUUCUAAUGCCUCGAAUACUGAAUGCAGUCCUGGAGAUCAAGAAGUUCCGGAAGAUCACAAGCUGGUUCUAGAAAAAACUGAAGGUGUUGACGAUGCUGAUAGGAAGACGAGAGGUGCAGAAGAACGGAACGAAGCUGGGAAUUCCUGUAAAAAAGAUCAAGUGGCUUCAACAAUGACCCUUGAACUUCCGCUCUCCGAAUCCUCCAUAUCUAGAGGUCAUGGAUUUCAGAGUGUUGAGCGAUCAGAGAAUCACGACCAUGGUUUACAUCAAUUUGGGAUACAUAAUCCUUUUGGGGGGGAUGUAUCUCACCAACAUUGGCUUCCUUAUUUCUACCCACCGGCUUUCUACCCCCAAUUCUGUUAUCCUCAGUCUGCCCCUUCAACGUCUACGAUGCCUACAAAUCUGUCUACACGUCUCUACCCCUUUAUGGCCCAUAAUAACUCGAGACUUCUAGACCCUGGGUGUAGACACGGGCAGCAUCGGUUCCUCCCGUAUUCUUUACCAAUAACCAUCAGUUCCACACUUCCGUCCUCUACUCUACAUUGCCCUGUUCCCGUCCCGCUGCUCAAGGGCUUAUCAUUGUCUCCAACUUCUGAAGUAGCAGGUUCUUCUAGUUCGGUAAGCCCUGUUCUUUCGGCUAACGUCUCCAACACCUUGCAGAGCAUAGAAGAAAUGGUGAAUGGGUUGGAAAAGCAGCAGGAGCAGCUUGCCAUUUUAUCAUUGUCCAAACUUAACGAAUGAUUAGUAUACACUUGGAGAUGCUAGACAAACUAGCCUGUGAAAGGAACCAGCCGAGCUUUUAGCUUAGCAAAAGCUUCACCAGGAGUCGCGGUAGAACUCUAGUGGCCAAGAUCCCAACUAACUAAGUGCUGUUCCUUCCAAAGCGGAACCAGUGAGGAUGAUGAAGAAUCUCAGUAGCCGCCAUUGAUUUGGAAUCCAGGAAUUAUGUACAGACAUUUUUUCUGAUAUCCAGUUGAAAAGUUAUAAAGUAGCAACAAUAAUAUUAAUAAAACAAACAGUGAACUAGCUAAUAACAGAUGAGAAGCAGAUGUUGCCCUUUUAGACAAAAAAACAAAACAAAAAAAGAAUGGUCGUAUUUGGCUGUAAUUAACACACAAUUAUUAGUUGUAGGUAGCAUUACUUUGAGUGGUGAUCAGUUGGAAAAAACCUUCUGCAACUU